UUUAUUUUGAAAAAAAAAAUCCGAAGACUUUAAAAGCAAAGACAAAGGGGAAAUGUGCAAAUCCAACCCUAGUGCCUGCCUGAAAACUUUGUUUGCAAAAGCCAGCGCCCUCUAUUUCCAGCUCCGUUUCUCCAACAGUUCCGUUCCCACCGCCGCACCGUCAUUUUCCACCUCAGCUUCUCCGUCCAUGGCUGCAACGGACUCUCCUCUAACGACCAAGGUUUGUAUCAUUGGGAGUGGCCCCGCCGCUCACACGGCCGCUAUCUACGCUGCUCGUGCUGAGCUCAAGCCUAUUCUUUUUGAGGGAUGGAUGGCUAACGAUAUUGCGCCUGGCGGUCAGCUUACCACCACUUCCGACGUCGAGAACUUCCCUGGAUUCCCGGAUGGUAUCAUGGGUUCGGAGCUUAUGGAGCGGUGCCGGAACCAGUCGCUUCGGUUUGGUACUACUAUCUUUACCGAAACUGUUAACAAGGUUGAUUUUUCUUCGUCUCCGUUUAAGAUCUUCGCCGAUUCGAAAACUGUUUUGGCUGACUCGGUUAUUGUGGCCACUGGAGCCGUAGCAAAGCGGCUUAAUUUCCCCGGUUCAGGGGAUGGGUUAGGGGGGUUUUGGAACAGAGGAAUCUCGGCGUGCGCUGUGUGUGAUGGGGCAGCUCCGAUCUUCAGGGAGAAGCCCUUGGCAGUGAUCGGUGGAGGUGACUCCGCCAUGGAAGAAUCCACUUUUCUCACCAAGUACGGUUCCAAGGUUUACAUCAUUCACAGGAGGGAUACGUUCAGGGCAUCCAAGAUUAUGCAGAACAGGGUUAUUUCGAACCCUAAGAUAGAAGUCAUAUGGAACUCGGUGGUCGUAGAGGCCUACGGCGAUAGGGUUUUGGGAGGGCUCAAGGUGAAGAACUUGGUCACCGAAGAAGUUUCCGAUUUGAAAGUCAAUGGUCUAUUCUUUGCCAUCGGGCACGAGCCUGCCACCAAGUUUUUGGGAGGUCAGCUGGAGCUCGACUCAGAUGGCUACGUUGUCACUAAACCAGGUACAACUCAGACCAGCGUGCACGGCGUUUUUGCUGCCGGAGAUGUCCAGGACAAGAAGUAUAGACAAGCUGUUACUGCGGCCGGCACCGGGUGCAUGGCAGCCUUGGAAGCCGAACAUUACUUGCAAGAACUUGGAUCUCAGGAGGGUAAGAGCGAUUGAUCAUUGUUCUACCAAGGAUUUAAAAGCUGUUUGCUUCGGACUGUGAUUGUUUUCGGUAUUCGUCUAGAUCUAGAUUUAUCCUUUGUUCUGGAUCAAUAUUAGAAUUGCCAUUGCCAUCUAUAUUCAAUAUCUGGUUUAAUUGGGAUUGGCACAGCAUUGACUUUUCUGUUACUUCACUAAAGCUUAAUGAAUAAUGCUAUUUUCAUUUGAUCAA